ACUAUUUUUUCCCAUCUCCCAUCCUUUGUUUGUUGAUCCAUCUCUUGUUUCUUGCUUUCUUUCUUCACCAUGUCACUUGCUGGGAAAAUCACCACUGAAAUCGGGGUUCAUGCAACCGCUACAAAGUGGUUCAACCUCUUCGCAACACAACUCCAUCAUGUUCAAAACCUAACUGAUAGAGUGCAUGGAACCAAGCUGCAUCAAGGUGAAGACUGGCAUCACAACGAGACAGUCAAGCACUGGACUUAUACCAUAGAUGGUAAGGUUACAACAUGUCUGGAGAGUAUUGAAUCCAUUGAUGAACAGAGCAAAACAAUCACCUACAAGCUCUUCAGUGGUGACAUUGAUCAUAAUUAUAAGAACUUUAAGUUCAUCUUUCAAGCCAUUGAUGAUAAUGAUCAUGGCGGUACUAUUAUCAAAUGGACCGUUGAAUACGAGAGGCUUCGUGAGGAGGUUGAUCCUCCAUAUGGCCACAUUGAAUACCUGCACAAAUGCACUAAAGAUAUUGAUGGUCAUCUUCUCAAAGCAUAGCUAGCUCUAAAAGUUAUGCACUAAAAAAUAAUGGGCUUGACCUUUGGAUAAGUGCUUAUAUGUAUAAUAAAAUCGGUGUGAAGUUUGACGAGAAGAAUGCUUAGUUAUGUAGAUCCUUCCUUUGUAUGGAAAAUAAACUUGGAUAUGCAUGUCGGUGAUAUCUUGAAGUGUGUUAAAUUAUAUUUGGAAGUGCUCAAUGUGAUGCAUGGGAAUAUUAUUAAUGAAUGGAUGUUUAUGAUUUUCGUGAGUAUA